AUGUACCUCUCCGACAUCGCGAGCGAGUCCUACCACACCUCUGCUCGCUCCCGAGAUUACGACAUCCACGGUGUGCCCUUCUCACCCUCUCUCACCUCCAAACGGCGCGACCGCCCCCGCUUGCGCCACCCCAGUGAAGACGCCGCGGACGCCCCCCUUACCCUCCACACCCACUCGCCCCGGCCGCCCACGACGCUCACGAUCCCGCUCGACGACAACUUCGACGCUACACGACCGAGGUCCCGACCGAAGGACUACGUCCCCGACCGCGAGGAGUCCGUCAGCGGCUACCGCAACUACGUCUCCGAGAUGGAGCGCAUGAUCGCGGCGGGCACCGGCCAGCGCGACACCGUCGCGCGCGCGCAGGAGCGCCAGUACCAGCUCCAGGGCCCCGGCCAGCGCGCGCGCGGCCACCACCCGCCCCCGUCGCCGCCCCUGCACCGGCUCAAGCGCAGCACGAGCACGAGCGUCGCGGACUCGGGCGCCCUCCGCGCGGACGAGAACGACGGCAGGCGGGCGCGGGGCGGGUGGGGCGCGGCGGACAAGCGACGGGCCGCGAGCGGGGGCGGGAGCGGGGCGUUCUCCCCGCUGAGCAGGCAGGCGCCGUACGCGCCGACGUCGCUCCCGUCUCCGCCGGAGAACGCGCGGCGGGUGAGCGGGACGCGGGGCCACGUCGAGCUCGUCGAGCAGCGCGUUAUCGAGGACUCGCCCGCGCGCACGAUCACGCUCUGGCGCGAGCGGGUUGCGCAGAGCUCUGUGGACGGGAGCGUGCUCGGAGCUAUGGACGUGGACGAGCGCGGCGAGACGGAGAGCCACGCGCACUAUCGGGAUGGCGGUGGCGGUGGAGGGUAUGCGAACGGGACCGCGACCGGGGUCGGGACGGGGAGCAUCAACGGCCAUCGCGGCGGCGGACACAGGCGGGCGCCGUCAGGCUCCCAACACCCCGACGCACGUCUCCGCCGGGUCGUGAGCGAGCACGCCCGAUACGGGAGCUCUCUGGACGGCAGCCGAACGCGCAACACCAGCGUGCGGGACCCGGAGGGUGGGAAGACCCGCCGCGCGUCGUACGAGCGCAGCGAGUACAUGAUUUCGUACCGCGAGGCGAUGGACAUGGACGGCGCCCCACACUUCGUCCCCCGCUCCUCCGACGCAGGCGGCUUCGCCUCCCCCACGCACGCCUCGGCGCCGAGCCCCGUCGCCUCCCGAGCCCCUCCCUCCCCGCAGGCGCGCCGUCACAAGCCGCAGCGGUCGCUUGACAGCAGGAACGAGCGGGAGCGGGACGAGCUCGUCGGGCCCGUGCCCCGUCCCCGCGCCGCGGUCGCCGGUCGCGCCGCGCCAGGGCUCGCUGCGCGCGAGCAGCCAUGGACAGGCUAUAAGGACGUCGAUGUGGAGAUGGGAGGGGGCGGGAGCCCGCUGCGCGCGUCCUCGACGUCGGUCGAGCUCAUGCUCGCGUCGUGCGACCCGCCGCUGCUGCACAUCGCCCCCGUGCUGGGCGAGCUCGGGAUCCUGCGCGUCGACCACCUCCGUGCGGUGGCGAGGCUGAGCGAGGAGACGCGGGACCGCGAGGUCAAGGAGGAGGCGCUGCGUCGGGGAGUCACUGUGGUCGAGUGGGCGAUCUUCAUUGAUCGGCUGCAGAGUUUGUAG